UCCCACCUCAGCCCUUUGUUGAUUGUUCAACUCAUCUUCACCUUGCAGGAAUAAUUACAGAACACCGAUCUUCCACAACGCAGAACCCGCCUUACGAAAAGGGGAAAUGCUCUGAGUGUAGAGGUCUUUUCCUGUUCGAUUGCACCAUUGCCUUGCCUGUCAGCUGCAAUGCCCUGGGGGAAGGCUGCCAAAGAUGGGCCAAGCUCAGUCAGAUGAGAGGCCAGUUCCUCCAUCUCAUGAGAACAUCGCCAAGGAGCUGGCCGACAAGUUUGCUCAGAAGUGCUUCACCUCGCUCGAGCUCUAUUCCUUCAAAGACGUCUUCAAGAGCCUCGCAGACCGCCAAGAUCAUAUACGUUAUUUAAAGGAGGAUACAAUUUCCCGGUUCCUCGAAAUUCCAGACGUGCUUGGAGUGUCACCGGUGCUCUUCCAGAUGGUUUCCUACAUUGGAGCUUUCCCAUUCCUCGAGGAUGCCCCUGCUGUCCUGGGGCUGGAGCAGAUGGUUAUGGUCGUCACAAUCCUGACGGAGAGAUAUGGCCGAGUUCUGGCUCGGGGUGCCACAGACCGGAGAAAGCUACUGUUCAAAAGCCUCGCCGUCUAUGAUCGCAAACUCUCCGGCUUGUCCCCGAGCGAGCAAAGAAACGUAAGGGAGGAGAAUCCCGAAAACAGUAGGGAUCAAGCCGUCAAUGCAAUACCAGUCUCGGCGCGGUCCCUAAGGUUCGCUGUGGAUGAGGCAAAAGAAGAGGAGGACUCGGGCGCUGAAGAAGAUGACGAGUUAGUCCUCGCAGCCCUCGGCUCCCUGGAUUACCUCGGCGCCUUUAAGCAUGGGAGUUCUCCCGCCACCCACAACGCCAUGAUUCCAGCAGACAAUUGGCGCAAGAUGAUCAUGCUUCUCUUACUUGUCGCGCCACUGGGCGCCCAAGAGAGCUUGUCAUCAUACUCGGAUCGAUUAACGGGCAGCGAGCUGGAGGGCCUCAGAGCGACUGCAGACUGCGUGCUCGCGUCCUUCUUAAACGUUGAACAGGCAGCUGGCAUCAAGUUUGCCCAGUUCAACGCUAUCAUCCCAGCAUUGAUGCCCUUCAUCUUCGGUGGUUUCACUCCACUCUUUGAGCAUUUCUUGUUUUCGAAGAACCUGGAUUUCCGCAGGACCAAGGACGGGUCCCCAAGGCCUGCGACUUCACCGGCCGAGCUGGUCCAGCCGCUAUUGCAGGAUCGGGGGUCAAUAAUGAACCACAAUCUCCUGUCGCAGAUAUCCUUUUUUAUCCCCAGCUCAUCACUCUUUCGCAAGCUUCGCCUCUUAUACUCCGGUGAUGAGGAUGGGUUCAGCAUGGGCAGCUUUGAGUCAAAAGUCUUCAACUGGAGAGCACCGACAAUUCUUCUCGUGAGCGGAACUCGCCUCGAGGAUGACCCAACUCACAAAGGCAUUGGGGCAGAAUCCGCCUUCCUCAAGACCCUGCCUUCCAGACGUUUCCCACCUGGUAGUCUGGUCAAGAACGAGAGGCUUACCUACGGUGUCUACCUGAGCCAGCCCUGGAAAUAUACACACCGCGAGUGCUUUGGCGGCGAAGAUACCCUCCUGUUUCAGCUGCAGCCUAUCCACGAUGUUUUCCGCGCCUCCACGGUAAACAGAGACUAUGCAUCGUUCAACAAGCCAUCCGCCUCUGUCCCAAUAGGGGGGGUAUCGUUUGGCUGCCCUCCUCCACAGUCCACUCAGGCCUACCGUCGAUCCAACGUUGUGUCGCUUGGGCCGGUCUCCCUGGCCCUCGAUAGCAGUUUCGAGUUCGGUUGUUUCACGCACAACUACACAUCUCGGGGCGGCGCAUUCCAAACCAGCGUUGCGAGGAAGUUCGAUUUCGAAGAUCGCUUCAGAAUUUCAAGCAUCGAGGUCUGGGGAUGUGGCGGAGAUGAAGAAGCCAGACUUCAGGCUGAACGGUGGGCGUGGGAGGCUAGGGAGGCCGAGGCGAGAAGGCGAGUCAACCUUGGCACGGGCGAUAUUGACGCUGACCGCGCUCUUUUGGAGAUGGCCGGCUUGAUAGGCGGAAACAGGAGCGGCGGUAGCAUGGCUUAGCAUGACACAGGUCCAUGCUCGGGGUUUUGAGCGACGAAGUGGCCGUGGGAUGUAGCCUGAGCCAGAUCCCAGGAUAUCCAAGCAUAUAGACUAUUUCGCCUCUGCAAAGAGAAAGGAGAGCCUAGAGAAU